AUGCAGUAUGACAUGGGGAUCGCAGGACUCUUGGGGGUAGAAAGGACCUUGAGGGAACCAGUGACCUUCCAAGAUGUGGCAGUGGUCUUCACUCAGGAGCAGUGGGCUUCCUUGGACCCUUCUCAGAAGGAACUGUACCGGGAUGUGAUGCUGGAGAACUACCAGAACCUGCUCUGCCUGGGCCUGGCAGGGUCCAAGCCUGAGGUGAUCUACCAGCUGGAGCGAGGGGAAGCACCUUGGAGGCCCGAAGAGAGAGUCACAGAGGUCAGCCAUCUAGAUUGGGAGAGCAAGCCUGAAACCAACAAGUCGACCCCCAACCUGGACAUUUCUGCCGGGCAGGUGUUCCAGGACAGACUCACAAAGAGUGGUCUCUGGGUCUCCUGCUUGAGAGAAGACUGGGACUGUGAUGCCAAAUUAGAACAGCUGCAGAGCAGGGAGGAGAAAGGCUCUCAUCCAAAAGUUCACCCAGAGAAGAAAUCUUAUGAAUGUUUUAAGUCCUUUCCCCAGAGUUCACAGCUUCCCACAAACCGGAAAAUUCAUCAUAGAGGAAAACAUUAUGAAUGUAAAGAAUGUGGGAAGACCUUCAGCCAGAGAGGAUACCUUCCUGGACAUCAGAGAAUUCAUACUGGAGAGAAGCCUUACGAAUGUAAAGAAUGUGGGAAGGCCUUCCGUCUCCGAGAGCACCUCACUCGACAUCAGAGGACUCAUACUGGAGAGAAGCCUCAUAAAUGUCAUGAAUGUAGGAAGGCUUUCCACCUCAGCACAGAUCUUGCCCGACAUCAAAUGAUUCAUACUGGAGAGAAGCCUCAUAAAUGUGAUGAAUGUGGGAAGGCCUUCAGCCAGAGAGGACAUCUGACUGUACAUCAGACAAUCCAUACUGGGGAGAAACCUUAUGAAUGUAACGAUUGUGGGAAGGUAUUUCGCCUCAGAGGACUUCUGACUAAACAUCAGACAAUCCAUACUGGAGAAAAACCUUAUGAAUGUAGUGAAUGUGGAAAGGCUUUCCACCUGAGAGAGCAACUUACUCGUCAUCAGGGUAUUCAUACUGGAGAGAAACCUUAUGAAUGUAAGGAAUGUGGGAAGGCCUUCUACCUGAGCACAGAGCUUACUCGACAUCAAAGGAUUCAUACUGGAGAGAAGCCAUAUGAAUGUAAGGAUUGUGGGAAGUCCUUCCACCUGAAUACAGACCUGAUUGGCCAUCAGAGGAUUCAUACUGGAGAGAAGCCUUAUGAAUGUAAAGACUGUGGGAAGGCUUUCCACCUGAGAGCACACCUUUCUCGCCAUCAGAGGAUCCAUACUGGAGAGAGGCCUUAUGAGUGUCAGGAAUGUGGAAAGGCCUUCCACCUGAGCUCGGAUCUGACUCGCCAUCAGAGGAUCCAUACUGGAGAGAGGCCUUAUGAAUGUAAGGAAUGUGGGAAGGCCUUCCUGCUGAGCACAGAUCUGACUCGCCAUCAGAGGAUUCAUACUGGAGAGAAGCCUUAUGAAUGUAAUGAGUGUGGGAAGGCCUUCCACCAGAGAGAAUACCUUAUUCGACAUCAGAGGAUUCAUACUGGGGAGAAGCCUUAUGAAUGUAAGGAAUGUGGGAAGGCCUUCUGCCUGAGGGAACAAUUUACUCGACACCAGAGGAUUCACACUGGAGAGAAACCUUAUGAAUGCCAAGAAUGUGGAAAGUCCUUUCGCCUCAGAGAACUCCUUACACUGCAUCAAAGGAUUCAUACUGGAGAGAAACCCCAUAAAUGUGAUGAAUGUGGGAAGGCCUUCAGCCAGAGAGGACAUCUGACUGUACAUCAGACAAUCCAUACUGGGGAGAAACCUUAUGAAUGUAACGAUUGUGGGAAGGUAUUUCGCCUCAGAGGACUUCUGACUAAACAUCAGAUAAUCCAUACUGGAGAAAAACCUUAUGAAUGUAAUGAAUGUGGGAAGGCUUUCAGCCUGAAAGGGCAUUUAACUCGACAUCAAAGUAACAAAAAGCAUCCCUUCUUUGUAAACUGACCUACCUAGGAGCUGUAUGGUGGAGAUC